AAAAAACAACUCGAUCCCAAAUCAAGUCUCCAGUCCGUUCAAACACUGAAAUUGUUGUUUCAGUGUAUUAUUGUCACUUAGCUUUUUUUAUUAUUUCAUUUAGCAGUUAGUAGUGUCGUUCUCUCGUACAUAUUUUAAUUUGACAUAAUCGAAGAAAUACGAUGUCUUUCAGAAAAGCUUCUCACGCUGGUAGCUGGUAUUCGGAUUCGGGGAAAGAAUUGAACAAACAAUUGGAUAAUUGGUUGAACAAUGCCGAACUCCUUCAUGGACCAGCUCGUGCCAUAAUUGCUCCGCAUGCUGGUUAUCAGUAUUGUGGAGCUUGCAGUGCCUUUGCUUACCGCCAAAUAAGCCCGAUUGUGGUGAAAAGAGUUUUUAUACUUGGCCCAUCUCAUAACGUACGCUUAGCAGGAUGCGCCCUUUCAAGGGCUUCAAAGUAUAAGACACCAUUUUACGAUUUGGUCAUUGAUACACAAGUCUAUUCUGAACUUGAUUCUACCGGUCAGUUUGAGAGGAUGGAUAUGGUUGUCGAUGAAGAAGAGCAUAGCAUCGAGAUGCACCUGCCUUAUAUUGCCAAAGUUAUGUCAGAUUUUAAAGAUGGAUUUACGAUAGUGCCAGUUCUCGUCGGUUCUCUUAGCCCCGAUCGAGAGGCUGCGUAUGGACGUAUUUUUGCCCGUUACCUAGCCGAUCCUCAAAAUCUUUUUGUGAUAUCAUCUGAUUUUUGUCACUGGGGGCAGAGGUUCCGUUACACUUAUUAUGAUAACUCCUACGGUGAGAUAUAUCAAUCAAUCACCAAAUUAGAUAAGACGGCGAUGGAUAUAAUUGAAACACUCAAUCCUUCUGAUUUCACUGAGUACCUCAAGAAAUACGGGAAUACUAUAUGUGGCCGACACCCUAUUGGUGUAUUAUUACAGACUGCUCAGCAGUUAGCCAAAAGUGGCGAACACAAAAUGUCUUUGAAGUUUUUAAAGUACGCUCAGUCAAGCCAGUGUCGUAACAUGAACGAUUCCAGUGUCAGCUAUGCAUCUGCCUCAUUAAUAUUUGAAUAAUCUCAUUUAAAGUAAUAUUAUUUAUGCAAACAAAUUUCAAUGUAGAUAGACAUUCAUGAGCAGAAAAAACCUCAAAAUUUACAGGGUUAUGCUCGUAUGUACACUCGUCAGAUCUCUUCUGCUUGUGGGCCAAAAAUUAUUUAAUUAUUUUGUUUGCACUUAAUUAAUCAAAUAAAUAUAUAUUGCUUACAUGUGAUGUAAUCUAUAUCAAUUUAAACAUAAAAUAUCAUAUUAA